AUGUUGGGAAGACUUUUCAAACAUAAUGAAACCUAUUCAAACGGUAAUACAGCGCUGGCGCCGUCAUCACCUAAACCGAUAAAUCCAGUGGCACCGCCACCAUUUGCAUCUCAAUCGUCAUCAUCGUCGUCAUCGUCAUCUUCAUUUCCAUUUCCUUUUCCAUUUCCGUCCACGUUUUCUACACCAUCUCCACCUUCUUCCUCACCGUCGGCUACUCCUUUACCACCAUGUUCAUACGAAGACUCGUAUUCGAGAGAAAUCUUGUAUGGCACUCACAAUGCUAAUCUGUUGAAACCAUAUUAUUUUAAUAACCAGCAUUUUAGAAUAUUUUUAGCCCAAGAUGGUGGAAAUUUGAGAACAAAGCAGAUAUUGUUUGAUACAGCACAACAAUUGCAGCCGAUUGCGCAUCAGAACCAGCAACACCAACAACACCUGCAACACCUGCAACACCUGCAGCAGCACCACCAGCAGCAGCAACACCAACAGCAACAAUUUUCUAAUACUUUAGCACUGGAAACGCAUUUGAACAAAAGGCCAGUGGUAUUACCUCGAACACCAUCAAAGGGUAGUCCACAUCACUCUUACCAGCAACACAACCCACAUCAUCAUCACCAUCUGCAGCAGAAUCUCCCACAUAGGAUACACCACAAUGUUGCUGAUCUUAAUGAUCUUUGUUUUGGAUGUGGACUUCCUAGUAACGAGUCCCAUACAAUCACCAAGUUUCACAUCUUGCCAUCCCCACUGUCCAAUAGUUCUUCGCCGUAUAACUCAGUGCUUAUUACCAGACUAUUUUCAAUCAGUGACCAUGAUCCUAUGUCCAAUGAGUCGUUAUUACAUAAUCAAGAUGAAUGGCUGCCAAAAUCAUCGACGUUUGUCAAGGAUCAAAAUAUAAAGCUAAACGACUACAAGAUUAGUAGUCGAUUUGCAAUUGGUAUUGUUAUCCCCAUAGAGUCAUCUCAUCUCAUUCAUGAGGAUAUUAUCAACAAUUGGAAUGAAUUGUCUCAUUUCUUAACGAACUUGCAAAAACUCAUUUAUAGAAAAUUGCUACAGCAGUUGAACCUAGGGUUUGAUAAUUCCCACCAUAGCUGCGAGUAUUUGGUUAAAAAGAGGUUACAGUUUCCGAGUUUUAUAUUACAGACUGACCACGACCUACACCAGCUGUUGAAUAAAUUGAUCAAAUUGACGCAUUAUCUGAGUAAUACGCCACGAUUAAUGAAUACAAAUUAUUUGAUGAAUGCAAAUAAGCAAGAGUACAACCUGACAUUGAUCAAUUGGGUGUUGGAAGUGCUUAAUUGGUUAGAAUUUAAAGAUGGCAGAUGCAAUAACCUACCCAUGAAUGCAAACAUGUAUUCUACUUCACUAGCGUCAACGGCAAUGGGGACAAGUUCAUCUUUAUCAACAACUUCUGCACAACAAACAGCACAGUCACAAUUACAAGGACAUGGACAAGGGCAUGGGCAAGGGCAAGGGCAAACUCCUUCUUUUCUUGCAACUGUGCUUUCUUUAAUGAUUCAGUAUAGAAAUUCAUUAGGAGUGCGUCCCUAUUUCAACAAGGAGUCCAACCAGAGAGAAGUUACACGAAUUGUUGUGAUGACUGGUAAUCCCGCUGUUGCUAAACGAUUAAUUUUUAUCAUAAACGGUUUAAUAGGUAAUUUUGAGAAUGACGGAGUAGAUGUCUACGAUGAUCAGGAUGAUAGUCAUUAUAAUCAUCAAGAUGCAGAACAACAACAACAACAACAACUACAAUCACAACCACAAUCACCACCCUCACAGCCACCACAAAAAGCACAACAACAACAACAACAACAACAACAACAUCAUCAUCAUCAUCAUCAUCAAAAUGAAUUAUAUACGAAUCAGAGUUGGGAGUCGGAUAUCAAUUCCAAUGUUGAAGGAAAUGGGGAUGGAACAGUUUCGAAAAACGUGGGAUAUAAUAAAAACACUGCUACAUCUGGAACACCACCAAGGUCAUCUGCAGUUAGUCAGCCUAUACAAAUAGGAUCCAGAACUCCCCACCUGAACCUGCAAUUACCCAUAGGUAUUCCAAUCAAAACACCAACUACUUCUCGAGCGUCUUCAUCAUUGUCCAAAUCAGCUUCAACUGCACAAUUGUCUACGUCGUUGAGCUCUUCCUACUCAUCUUUACAAUCCAACUUUUCACUUUCCAAACAUGCCAGUGGCAAUAACUAUGGCUUUUCCGGUGGAAGUGGAUCGUUUAUGGAAAAGUGGAAAAACUCAUUUGGUAAUGGAGGAAGUGGAAAUGGCAGUGGCAGUGGCAAUUUAAACCAAUUCAGUAGCGGAAUGAGUGGGUACUUUGACGAGCCGCAAAAUCUUAGUUCGAAAAAGUCGAUGCAAUCGUUGAGGGCACCUUCGCCAGCAUUUGAGUAUGACGAGCAUAGCUGGCAACACCCACAUCAGCAUCAACAUCAACAUCAACAUCAACUGUCAUUUGGUAGUGGUAUCUCACAUUCUUCUACGCCACCGCUGUCAAUGACAUCUAAUCUCAAUAAGCUAUCACGCACUCAAUCAUUGUACGACUUGUAUAACUUGAAUUUGAAUUCAAUGAGUGAAGAGCAGUUGUCUGACUCGUCUGCAUCGUCGUCAUCGUCAAUUACUGUUAAUGGUGGAGUUGGUGGUGGUAAUAAUAAUAAUAAUAAUAAUAACAAUAAUACUAAUAGUGGUAACAGCAAUGGUAGUAGUAGUAACCUUGGUGGUGGCAAUAAUAGCAGUGGCAAUGCAAACGUUAAUAAUGGUGCAUUAGAGGUGAAACGUACAAAGACUAGUGUUUACGUACCUUUGGUUAGUGAUGAUUUGGUCAAGAAUGUUUAUGAAUCAAAUCGUGAUGCGAUUUCGAGAAAAUGCCAAUCUGUCAUGAGACAGCCAGUGCAGUAUACUAGAUUGAAUGAAAACACAUUGUCAGUUGAUGGUUGUGGCACUGGUGGUGGCAACAAUGGUAAUGACAAGCUGGUGAUUUUCAAGCACAAGAUCCUUUUACCAUCAGUUGGCUUUUCCGAUGAGUUUCGCUCCGAGUUUACUAUUCAGUCCUGUCCUAUAAACCCCAGGCUAGAGACUUCCAUUAUGCAUUCCAUGAAGAAUGACUUGAUUUAUUAUCUGAAUAAUCACAAAUACAAAAGUACCAAAAUACGCACCAUUUUUAUAAAUUUGAGGGCAAGGGAGGUGAAGAAUAUUGAGUUGUAUUUUUGUAAUGAAGCUGAACAUUCAAAGUUUAAGAAGGGUAAUGCAGAGCAGAGACUGGAGAGAGAGGCUAAAGAGAAUCAAAAGGAAAGGAAUGGAGCAUGUACGUACAAGACGAAAGUAACACGCGUGUUUUCCCCGUUGAAAUGUCUAGGUGAUCGAUCUUUAAUUGGCAAAGUUGAAGGGACAUUAAAAGAGAUUGAUUUAUUGUUUAAACUGCAGCAGGAGAAGAUGACACGGCAGAGGGAAGAGGAGCAAAGAAGGAAAUUGGAUGGAGGUAUUUCCAUUAACGAGAAUGAUAAAGAUGCUAAGGAGAAACGCGCUGGAGAUAGAAAGGAGUUUCAUGGUCACUUGUAUAAAUUGAUUAUGGAGUUGAUUUGA